AUGAAUUUCCAACAAGGUGAACCCUCGCCCGUCCCGGCUCCGUCCUCAUUGUCGUUUACGCAAGGAUUCCUCCUUGGACAGCUCUCCGUUGUACUCCUGAUCGGGGCUUUCAUCAAGUUCUUUAUCUUUGGUGAAGCACCGCCUCCGCCGUCUCGCGGUCUGCGCUCCGCCACACACCGUCGCUCCAAUUCGAUCUAUACCAUUUCACCGAACGAUGCAUCCAAUGUUUCCAGAUCGUUAAGGGAAAAGCCCUCGACUUCCAACGUCCUUCGUCCAGUCCCAUCUUCUUCAACCAACACCCGAUCCAUCCUUCGGAAAACCUACUACAGCGCCAUUCCUACAAAUCCUGUGAAGCAUGGCCGUCACAGGGUCCAUCACUCCUCCCACCAACCGGAAUCGUUGGAUUGGUUCAACGUCCUGAUUGCCCAAACGAUUGCCCAGUAUCGACAAACCGCGUAUCUGCUGAAAGACUCGCCCACGUCGUCGAUUCUUAGCUCGUUAACAGCAGCGUUAAACAACCCCGAAAAGAAGCCUUCAUUCAUAGACAAGAUCGCGGUGACGGACAUAUCCCUUGGCGAGGAGUUUCCGAUUUUCAGCAAUUGUCGCAUCAUCGCGGUGGAUGAUCCCAACUCCGAUGGUGGGAGGCUUCAGGCAUUGAUGGACGUUGACUUGAGCGAUGACAAUCUCUCAAUUGCUAUCGAGACCUCUUUGCUGAUGAACUAUCCCAAACCAUGUUCCGCAAUCCUCCCAGUGGGCCUAUCUAUAUCAGUUGUCCGAUUCUCGGGGACAUUGUGCAUAUCUCUUGUACCUGCGUCUACGCCUCCCCUUGACACUCCGUCUCCAUCGCCUCCUCCCCCUGCAGCGGAUGCUGCCAAUGCCAGCUCACGGCCCAAAAACAACUCGGACAGAACCCAUCCUCAGUCCGCCAAUACACAAGGGGGCGCUGAUGGUGAAGGCCCACAAAAAACCGGCACUCCGAAGAGCAAUGUCGCGUUCUCGUUUCUGCCGGAUUACCGGCUGGAUCUUUCCGUCCGAUCACUUAUCGGGUCGCGUAGCAGACUUCAAGAUGUGCCUAAGGUGGCCCAGUUAGUCGAAGCUCGGGUCCAUGCCUGGUUUGAGGAGCGAGUCGUUGAACCCCGAGUGCAGGUGGUAGGGUUACCGGACCUAUGGCCUCGGAUGGGCAGAACAGGAGUCCGGACAGGCGAGGACUCGGAGACCGGCUCCAACGCAGCAUCUCGGUCCGCCAUGUCGGCCGACAUGGGCAACCCGCUUCGCGACGACGAAAGCGAUCGGGAACCAGAAGGCCUCCGGUAUCGGGGAGGGCUGGGAACGCGGCGACCGUUUGACAGCGCCUCACGCUCCAGCAGCUUCAACGUUGAGACCGGGGGGUUCCGAAGCCACAGUAUGACUCGAGAGCACAGUGCCGGAGGCAUGAGUGAUCCAUUCCACAUGCCCGGCUCGAUGCCUGAUGGCGCAAUGACAAAUUAA